AUGUCCAAAGCAUAUGGUGACCUGGACCGCGACCGAGCAUAUGAUCUAAGAGUCCGACGACAAGUGACAAUCUCCAAAGCAGACGGUGACCUGGACCGAGACCGAGCAUAUGAUCUAAGAGUCCGACGACAAGUGACAAUGUCCAAAGCAGACGGUGACCUGGACCGAGACCGAGCAUAUGAUCUAAGAGUCCGACGACAAGUGACAAUGUCCAAAGCAGACGGUGACCUGGACCGAGACCGAGCAUAUGAUCUAAGAGUCCGACGACAAGUGACAAUCUCCAAAGCAGACGGUGACCUGGACCGAGACCGAGCAUAUGAUCUAAGAGUCCGACGACAAGUGACAAUGUCCAAAGCAGACGGUGACCUGGACCGAGACCGAGCAUAUUAUCUAAGAGUCCGACCACGAGUGACAACGUCCAAAGCAGAUGGUGACCUGGACCGAGAACGAGCAUAUGAUCUAAGAGUCCGACGACAAGUGACAAUGUCCAAAGCAGACGGUGACCUGGACCGAGACCGAGUAUAUGAUCUAAGAGUCCGACGACAAGUGACAAUGUCGAAAGCAGACGGUGACCUGGACCGAGACCGAGCAUAUGAUCUAAGAGUCCGACGACAAGUGACAAUGUCCAAAGCAGACUGUGACCUGGACCUAGAACGAGCAUAUGAUCUAAGAGUCCGACGACAAGUGACAAUGUCCAAAGCAUAUGGUGACCUGGACCGCGACCGAGCAUAUGAUCUAAGAGUCCAACGACAAGUGACAAUGUCCAAAGCAGAUGGUGACCGGGACCGCGUCCGAGCAUAUGAUCUAAGAGUCCGACGACAUGUGACAAUGACCAAAGCAGACGAUGACCUGGACCGAGACCGAGCAUAUGAUCUAAGAGUCCGACGACAAGUGACAAUGUCCAAAGCAGACGGUGACCUCGACCGAGACCGAGCAUAUUAUCUAAGAGUCCGACGACAAGUGACAACGUCCAAAGUAGACAGUAACCUGGACCGAGACCGAGCAUAUGAUCUAAGAGUCCGACGACAAGUGACAAUGUCCAAAGCAGACGGUGACCUGGACUGA